AUGGUGACAAGACAUAGAGUAACUGUGUUGUACAAUGCACCCGAGGAUAUUGGUAGUCAUAUGAGUCAAAAUGAUACUCAUCUAACUGUUAAGGGUGGUGUUGGCGUGGUUUUACAGCAAAGGUGGCUUUUAGAAGGUACCAGAAGCAUAGAUAAAUCCUUUAAGAGAAUCACCUGGAGGCCCAGGAAAGAUUUGACUAGAGAUUUGAGCGUUAUUGAGAAUGAACUAAGUACCGGAUUUUCGGUUUACUCGAAUUCGACAGAGGUACCAGAAAAAUUCAUUUCUAACCCAGUUUACCAUUCGUUCCAUAGUGAAAAGUUUGAUAUAGAGCAGCAUUUACCUCCAGAGUUAAAUUUAGAUUUGGUUUGGAACCCGGAAGACUUUACAUAUGAUAUAACAGUGGAACCUUCACAAAUUCAAAUUGUCGAGUAUCGCCCGUUGAAACAAGGUGAAAAAUUCACAAUCGGCAAAGUGGAUGAUGAAAAACUUGAAAUGGGUGUGUUUUUUGUGGAUUACAGUGAUGAAAAUGAUGUUGAUAUUGGCGGAGUACGUUGUAAUUGGAGGAUGGAAGAUGGUGAGCUAGAAAAAUGUCAAAAAACUUCUUUGUUGUACAAACAAGGCCAUAUUGCCUAUAACCACUCAACAGCAACGACACCACUUUACCUCAAGCAACCAAUUGGUUUGCAUCCAACAGUGGUAAUUGAUCUCACAGAUUAUGAAGAACGCCCACAAUGUAUGUACCUAAUGCACUUGCAAUUACCACUGGAACUAUUUGUCGAUAAAUUUCAAUCCUCACCCUUACUAAUUUUUGGUGAAGACGACUUAGAAUUACCAGAAUAUUCUCUUCGAGAUAAUGCAUGGGGAUCAGAGAGUAUUUUUGAAUUAAAAGCGGGUACUGUAAACGAAGUGACCUUGCAUUCCAGAUAUAUCGAACCCUCUGGUAAAGAAGGGGAUGAAUUCAAAGUUGCAUUUGAUCCAGAAGUUAUAUUAGCUUGUGAUACAGGUGACGACAGAGUUUCCCGUAAUCCAUUUUAUAAAAAAGGCCUAGGAUAUGAAUCCCUCUUCACCGAUGAUACUUCAUUUCGUCAUUUGAACACGACAACUCUACUUGUGCCCAUUCCAAGACCUAAUACAAAUGAUUAUUCUAAGGUCAAAAACGCAACGCUACUGUGCUUGCUCAUUUCUAUCAUAUACAUUUUCUCUAAGGUAAUCGGUAGAAAUAAUAAGAAAAAGUUGCCAGUAAAACUAGAAUAG